AACAUAAGAUUCCCCACAGGCCAGAAGGUAGCAGCGCUAAGUUCAUUUCGCGCCCGACUACACUCACCCUCGCAAUUCUUCUCGUCCAACUUUCAAUUUCAAUAGCAUUUUCCCGCCACUGUCACUUCGAUCUUCCUCCGCUCAAGUUCUUCAGCGCAUCUUCUUCACCAUGAAGAUUAUUGAACACUUCCUUCUCCCCCUGUGAAGUGUGAAGAACUAGAGAUGGAAUCCCAGAUACAAAAUCUCAGUGCUCGAAAACCCUUCUCGGAUUGUACCAAUACCAUCGUCUCCUCGCAAUUGUCGCCUUCCAAUUUCUCCGCUCCCAUCAAACCGCGCAAGCGUGUAAUUAAGUCUGCGGUAAAAGAUGUUGUCAACAUUCAGAAGAAAUGCGAGCCAAGUUUUGCGUCUGAAUCUACAUCCUUUAAUUUGCGAGUUUCAAACCCUAGUUCUGGUUUUCUUCCUACAGAACCUAGCUCUGAUUUUAAUCCUGCAGAAACAAACCCUACUUCUGAUUCUCUUCUUCCAGAACCUAGUUCUCGCCGUCUUCCUACGGAAGCCUCCACUCCUUUGCGGCGUACUGAUUUGUCGUCUAGUUCAGGAACCGAUCGCGUUCCGGAGCCCCAGUCCUUCUACAGUCGAAGGCGCCCUUCGAAUAAAAGGAAGAGCGUUGAGAUAGCAGUUCCACCAUUUAUUUUCUCUACCGCAUCGAAAAUCCAAACUGGGGGUGAAAGAAGAGAUGGAUACAGUAGCACAUCCAAAGCAAGAACCGUUCCUUAUAACAAGAGGCAGUGUGCCAUAACGUAUGGGGAAGAUGAGUCCAAUGUUGAGCUUCCACGGGAAUUUGUUGAACAGAAGAAGGCAUAUUUUUCGGAAGUAGAUGCGUUUGAACUACCAGAGGAGGAGGCUAAAUCAUCCGACUCGGAGUAGACGAUGGUUUUUUAUAGUUAUAACCAUUCAAGUUAGUAGCCUGUAUUGUUUAAGUUCUUGUUCAUUACUCAGAAACGGUUUGCUCUGUUCUGUCAUUCAUUUAAUAUACAGUGUAAUUUUGGAAGCAUGAAACUAACGCCAUAAAGUUUAAUCAA